UUUACUGAAAAUGUAAAAUCAAUCUUUCGUGAAAACCUCAAAAUUGAGUUUUCUUGCUCAAAUCCAAAUAAUUAACGACCAUGUUUAUAUGAGUUGUCCACUAAAUCCAUUAAACAUGGUCGUUAAUUAUUUGAUCUUUAAUGGAUUCAGUUUUUAAUGGACAUGAUCACCAGUUGUCCACAAAUCAGAAAUGUCCAUCUAUACAUAGAUAAAUGGGCGGAGAUAAUCCAAUUGACAACUAUGGCAUAUGAACUGUUGUUUCCGGUCAGCUCAAAGUCUUAGGCAUAGUUAAACACGAUUACAAUGAUUUUCCGGUAAUAUUAGAAAACAGAGAUUAACUCUGAAAGCAAAUGAAAAUUGGUUACUGGGAAAUAUUUUUUAGUGAUAUUUUGUAGCAAUUUACUGUUGAUGUGCUAGUUGCUGUAUUUUCUAUAUGUUAUUUUAACUUUAACAUAAAAUAUUUGUGGUUGACGUAUUAUUAAUUUAAGUUAUACGCAUACUUGAAUACAUAUGAAAUUCAUAUAAACACAUUAAUGAUUUGGCAAUUUGGCAAUUUGGCAGAGUCAAAUGAAAAAGAAAAGAAAGAGUGCCUUCUGAAGCAAGCGAUCAGAUCAUAAAACAGAGAAGUUAGUUGCACACCAUGAUUGCUCAUCGCAUAUUCCUCAAAUGAUAAUAAACCUGUUUUGUAGGUUGGAAGAAAAAACCUUUUAUAAAAAAAAACAAUACUGCCUUCGGCUCCGUAAGAUAUGAUAUCUCGAAGAAGUUUUUAUGUUUCAAAAUAUAAAAUGUUUUGAUACUUUUAAAAUAUUUUAAUUUUAUUGAAAAUUGCUUAAUCAAUAAUAUUUUGCUAAAUAAGUUUUUUAGGGUGUGAUUGAUAGUGGUUAUAGGUGUUGUCCAUAGACUCAUUUAUAUUUACAACACUAAAUUCACAGCAAUCAAUCUUUAAUAAAAAUUUCAAAAUCACGGUUCGAAAUAACUUACAGAUGUACAAGUACUCUGCAGAGCAAAAAAUCCAUAAUAAUUUUUUGGAGCUUUCCAUGAAAUUCUAAAACAAUAAAAUCUAAAAAUCACAACAAAAAAUCUACUGAUUUUUUUCUACAGCAAAAUUUUUUAAACUAGCCAUUACCAAUUUGAUCUUAAAUUCUAGUACAUUCAAGCAAAAUAUGUUAUAUCAUAUAACGGAGAGAAUAUUUAUGAUGUCAUAUGAGAACUGGAAUUUGCAAUAAAUAAUUCUGAGCAUAAUAAACAAAAGAAAGUUCUAUCUAUACGUGGAUAAUUCAUUGCACAUAAUACAAAAUCUAUAAUGGACUUCUGAUAAUGUAAUACUUAAAACCUCCCACAAAUUGCAAAAACAUAUUCUUGCAUAUUUCAUCCCACUGAGAUCAACUAAGCUUUGUUUAAAGAUUGGAAUCAUGACUAUGAAUAAGUAAUUACUCAUUAGUCUAUCUCUUAUCUCUCAUGGGGGUGGUGACUAAGAGCAUGUACAUCAAAGAUAUAUAAGGAGUUCAUGGAGUAAGUUCACACGUUUGCCAAGUAAAAAAAAAUUAAAAUAACUCUUCUCUCAUGAGCCUGGUCCUCCUAAACUCUCUGCGGUGAACUUUUCUGUGGUGAGUUCAUCACUGUUUAGUGGACCCUACAAUACGUGGUGACCCACAAUUGAUCUGAUUUUCUUUUUUUAAAAUCAAACAGAAAAAAAGUUUUUAAUAAUAAAAAAUUGAAAACUUGAACUUUAAAUGAGGGUUCAUUGAUGUUCAUGCUCUAAUAAUCUUUGAAAAUAAUAAAAUAAAAUAAAUAAAGAGAGAGAGAAAGGCGGCACCAACCCAUUUACAUAAAUAAAAGUAAAAGGCUUCUCAUCUCUUUCAGUUACGACAUUCCCCAGAAUCUCUCUCCCUUUUUUUUUUUUUGGUCUAAAGUCUCUCCCCUUUUUUCUCCAAACGAAAACCUUAACGACUCUUUCUUCAUCGUGAAACAGAGCAACAGAGACGUUAGACUCUUUGUCUUAAUCUCUCUAAAUCCUCUGCUUCAAUUCCCAUAAGUAAGUUGACUCCAUCUUUUUGUUCUUUUGAUAUUUCUACUGUAGUUAUGAUUACAAUUUCCACAAACGAAAAGAGAUUUUUUUUUCUUUAUUUAAUAAUUUACUGUUUUUCACCUGAACAUGAUGACCAUCUCUCAUCCUCUAUGUUUCCUUAUGGUUUUGUCAGAUCGAUGGAAACUGGUGUAGCAGUUACGGGUCAAGAAAUCGGACCCGGGUUUCAUACACCCGUUAAUCCUGAUGGAUACGUAACAAUCGAUGUCGAAAGUUUCUCUCAUGUUAUCCACAAAGACUUCUCUUCUUCGAGUCCCAUAGUUACACUGCAGAGAAGUGUUUCCAGGAAAGAGUCUCUAAGAAGCAACAACGAGAGGAAACUCCAUUCUAACGCAAAUGGUAAUGACAAAGAGACCUCAUCCCCUCAGUCUCCAGUUAGAGGGUCAUGCACGCCGGAAAAGGCAAGCACUGUGAGGCCCAUAGAUCAUGUAGGCACGGACACAACCGCAGCCACCAUUGUUUCAGCCUCACCGCUUCAUCAGAUCACUGUUACUACGACUUCAGCCACCGGCCGAAAUAUGAUCUCCGAGCAAAAUAGAGAAAGAAGAUUUGGAUUUGCAAGGAAGUCGAGUUUUAAACGUUCUCGCACUUCUUGGAUGCUUGAUCCGAAGAAAAUCCUUAUCUUCUUUGCAACUUUGUCUAGCAUGGGAUCGAUCUUGUUAAUCAUAUUCACUCUCUCGAUCAGCAAGUCUAAUCCCGGAGAUAUGGGCUAAGACUAAUAUUAACAACAUAUGAAGAGGAUAUAGACCGACUUCAGCUUGUGGCUAUAGUACAUACCACAUUCUCACCGACCUACAUCUGAAGAGAUGAAUCAGAAGAACAUUGCAAAACAAAGAGCGUAGGGCUGUGAUAAUAGUUAUUUUGUAUAUUUUUUAUUAGUAAAAAUGGAAAAGGAGUAUAUUUAGAUAGAGAAAGUGGGCAGUGGGCACGCACGAGAUCAUAUGAAUGUUGGAAAAGAAAGCUUUAAGACGAGAGUUUUUGAUCAAAAAAAAAAAAAAGACAAGAGUUUAUGACUGUUGUGACAGAGACAGAGAGACCCGACACAGAAUCUUCUCUUCUGUUCCUUUAAUUCCUUUUCUCUGUUUAUUCAUACUCACUUGGUCUGAUUUGUGUUUUUCAUUUGGUGUAUUUCUUUAUGUACAUAUAUAUAUAUCAAAAUUUUCCAUUGGGUUUUA